AUGGAUGCGGUUAAAUCCAAGUAUCCUGGGAUAGAUUUUGCUGAGGUCUACCAGGACUUUCAGACUGGAAUCCUGGACAACAUUAUCAUGCACACCACGCAACCAGAGGUUGCGGCUCCAGCAUGGUCCUUCGUCCGAAAGUGCGUGGCUGCGGCGAAUCUGAACCAGCAGAACAUGCAUAUCCAAGCUGCUGAGGAAGCUGCUCGAGAGGCAUGCGCGGUCUUCAAGCGAAAAGAAUCUCAGAAGGAUGAUGUGGGCGCCCUGCUCCUAGCAGGCAUGCAGGCGUACAAAGCCGAUUUGAAAGCUUACUUCUUGAAGAUGAAAGCACUCAUGGAACGGCGUGAUGCGGACAUGACGCAGUUGACCGCUAGAAAGCUCGAUGGCCUCCAGCAGGCGCUAUCUCGGCAGAAGGGCAGCAUCCUCUCUGCAGUGCCAAGCUCCAGCGUGGCGACGCUGGGGUCUUCUGAAGGUGACUCCGUUUGCGUUGUGGUUACAUCUGCCGCAACACGGGAUCUCACGGUGGAUCUCUUGACAAGCCUGGUGGCUGCCUCGGAGCCCAAGGGCUGUGUUGUGGUUUGCUUACCUCCGGCAUGGCAUCCCGAAGCUCGGAAGGCAGAACUCAUCAUCGCGGAAACAAUGAUGAAGACCGCAGCAACCAAGCUGCCGCUGCAGUUGAAGCAGCUUGGCGCCCUCUCCUCCGCCGUAGUGUUAUUGAACCACGAGAAGCAAGAUGUUGCAGAACAAGCUUCAGAGCUGCUAAAAAUGUUGCUUUCCUCCACAGCCAUGAGAACGGGGGCUCUGAACCUAACUGCUGCGGAGGAGGAGAAGCAAGUCCUUGAGCUUCUCGAGGGCUUGAAUGUUUUGCGUGCCGGGAAGAUGUUGGCGGUGCUGGACAUGCGGGGGCGUUUUGCUCUCAAUUUGGCCCGGCUUUUGCUGCCAGCUCCCCUCAAGUGCAUAUCUGACAACGCAGACUUGCGGAACAGCUUGGAGGCGCUGGAAAAAUCGAAGUUGCAGAAACGCAUCCUCAUCAAAACGGACAGCGACUUUGCGCUGGACACGAUUGCUGCCCAGCUGCCCACCACUCCAGAAGUGCCGGAAAUCCUUGCGGCAAUGGCUGUGUCCACCGGCAAGGCAGAUUACCAGAACCACAUUAUCCUCGAAGCUAGCAACGCCAAGCCCAGCAGCGCCGGGCAAACCAGCAGCUCGGAGAUGAGUCCCAACAUGUUCCUGCCCGCAUGCCUGGCCCAGAGCCAGGCAUGCAUCCGGCAUGACGUUUGCCUGGCCAACAGCCUGGCGGGGCUGGAGGGGCUGGAGGGGCUGGAGGGCCUGGCUGGAAAGGCAGGGCUGGAGAGGGCUGGGGCUGGAGGGGGCUGGGGCUGGAGGGGGCUGGAGGGGCUGGAGAGGGCUGGAGAGGGCUGGUGCUGGAGGGGCGGGCUGGAGGGGCUGGAGGGGGUGGAGGGGCUGGAGGGGCUGGAGGGGCUGGAGGGAGGCUUGGAGGUGGGGCUGGGUGGGCGCUGGCAACUUCUGAGCGACGACAGUGCUCCAGCAGAGGAUGUAGUCACCAUCAUCCACCCACAGCUGGACGGGAUUGGACGUGCGAAGCGUUACGCCUUGACAGCAUCUUGCUCAGACUUAUGGCCGUUCCUGAGGUCAUCCAUCCCUGAGGAGGGCUUCCAGCAGAAAGUAGGGAGCAACGUGGACCUUCUUCGAGAGGAUGGCGAUGUCUUCGCCAAGUUUGUUUGUACUUCCGCUGUUGACGAGGGUGAUGAACUCCUUUGGCCGAGUGCUCCCAAGCCAAAGCCUGUGAAAGCCGGCAUGCCAAAAGCAAAAGCAGCCGCCAAAGCCAAGUCUACAGCAGCCAAGCCAGCAGCCCAGGCAGCAGCCCAGCCAGCAGCCCAGCCGGUGUCACCGGCACAAGCUGCGGGGGAAGUAGAUCCGAGGGGGGUAGAUGAGCAGGCCAGGCAGCUCCGGAAAAGACCCUGCUUGCAAUCGGAGGCGAUGCGUCCUGGGAAACAGACGAAGCAGGACCAUGCAAGAGGAGAAGAGGAGACCGCCUCGGACCUUGAAGCUGAGCUGAAGGAGUUCUUCAUGGAGGGGGUCGGAGGGGAAGCUUCUGUGCCAGGGAUGGGGGGGUUAGACCUAUGCGAUGAAGAGCGCCGGGAUCUGAUCAUGCAGGACGACAUGGCCACAGAAUCCAAGGAAGAAAAGCCCCCUCUUGAUGAUGUGUCUCAGAGUGCUGAUGUCAUUCGGGAGACAAGCGGGUGGAAGUUGUUGAAGACGACCAAUGUGAACGGCGAAGGCGGCCUCAUGCUCAAAAGCUGCUCGCGGAGAAAGCGCCUCUCUGCAGGAGAGAUGAUGUACUACCUGCAGGCAGACAGUGGAACCUUCUCUGCUGGGAGCCUCGGGCUGCAACGCCCGCCACUCCCCAAGUUUCACCAUAACACGGCCCAUCCCUUCGCCCACCACCUCCACACCAGCCUACCCCCAACCUUCCCACUGCACUCCCCACUGCAGCCGCCCAAAGUAAGGACAGAGGGCCGUGAAGAUGACAACAGCAUUCUUACUUGGAACCCGGACAAGGGGACAAAGGUAUUCUACGCUGGCAGGGUGCAGAAGCUUUCCGAUGUGAUCAAGCAAUUUGUGGAGGUGCCGGUUGUCUCAAUCGACUACUCAAGCUACAAGAACGGUAGCUUCAAGGCAAAAGACAAGGAAACAGCGAAUGCCGUGUGGGAGCCGCAGCAGUCAGACCGCCAUCUGGUAGAGCUCUUUGCUGCCCUUGGCGGGGUGGAAGCCUUCUUUGAAGUUGCCGCCCAGGACCUGUCAAAUUCAGAUUUGGCCUUGGAAAACAAGGGCAAGAAGAAGAAACUCCAUGCCGGGAAACGCCUCACGCUGACUGGUGUCCGCUUUGUUUCUGUGAAGUGUGUCACCAUGACGUUGUAG